CACUACGAUAGGUUCGUCACAGAAGGGCUGGAACUGUCGUCGUCUGAAUGUUUUCUCCCGACACAAAAGAUCACUGUCACCUACGCUCAUCAGUGUGGGAUCAAACGGACAGUAGUAAAUAACCAAUAGAACACUCGCAAAUCGUCGUAUGCCAUGACCACGUGUCAACAGGGGUGCGACUUGGCGACCGUUUUGUAAGAUGGUCGCGAAAGUCAUGAGACAUUUUCGAGAAAGUCGCGCACCUUGAGAGAAUGAGGCCGGGAACGUGCGCGAGUCUGGGGUUGCUGCUGCUGUUUUCCGUCUGUCCGAGCGUCCAUCUGACCGAGGUCGUGCUUGACACCGGCAACAGUACCGAAAGUCAGCUGGCUUCUGCCAUUCGAGCACUGAACUCCGCGCUACACUUUUUUCACCAGGAGUAUAGAAAUGUAAACUUGGAUGCCAUAAUCGGCACUAGAACAGUCGAAGGCUCACUGACUGUUCUCCUGAAUAGACUGGACUCCUCGGGACAAAGUGAACUGCUACCCAAGCAAUACAUUCGCAACAUCCGGGCACUUCGAGAUUUGGCUGGAACCGUCAGCGAAUUAGCCACCCCAUACGUGGCUUUGAAAUAUCCACAUUAUUAUAAACGUAUAGGCGCCAUUUUGAGCAAAGGAUUCUGGGAACUGGACUAUCCCAGCCGAGAUCUAAGUUCGUCUAUGGUGAUAUGGCCUCAUCGGAAUCACGAAGCAAUGCGCGAAAAAUCCUCCGAUCUUUGUCUGUCUGAACUGUUCGGAACAGGGGAGAAGACGACACAGACGUGUCGGAUAUCUGACAGAUGCUGGGACAUGAUGACCAAGCCAGGAUACAGCGGUUACUCUCUGUCCCACGAAGUGUUCUACCUCGAAAUAGCAGAGCGGUUCGGCUGUCUUCCCCAAGUACUGACAAAGAUCCUGAUGAACAGACAGCCCAGCGUGACGGCUCUCAGAGAAGCGUUUUGCGCCAACAUGUUCGAGGAGGCCAAACUGAUCGAAAUCGAUGGAUUCAUGGUGCACCGCCGAGACCUCUUCAUGGAGAAUGCUGCCCUGUGCGGAAUGCUGGGAUACCGUGACUUCUUCAAUUCUGAUUGGCUGGAGAAAAUCCUGAGCUGGCAGACGCCAGGUCGAGGCUGCUACGUGGCAUCACCGCUGGAGGUUUUCCCACAUGAUGAUGUUGAACUUGAACAAAGCGAAGAAAUAAUCGAUAACAAAUCUCUCAAGAAACGUAACGCCUCGACAAAAUCUCGUGUGAAACGAGAAGAGAAGAAACUGCCGGACGGUUGUUUGUGUCACAGGACCACAGUCGCCGCUGGUGCGCUUGCGCAGUACGUCCGAUACAUCACGGAGGUCUGGGUAAUGGAAAAAGAACAACAACAGUAGUUGCAACACUGAAUACUUUCAGUAACUAAAGAACCAGACCUCUAUACAAGAUUUUAAAACGCAUCUACAUUUGAUGUACACAAUCUUUAAAUUUUAUUGAAAGAGCACAGACCAACAUAUAGUAAAUUUUAUUUUAAAUGUAUCAAAGCAUCCAGUGUCUAUUUCUUAUACAAAUAUUGUGUAUUAUUUUCGUUAUUAAAAUUUGUUUUGAAAGAUAA